AUGUCGGCCGUCAAGAACCUCCGUGCCAUGUUCGAGCAGAAGGCUGACACGAGCCCCCCGGAUCGUGGAAGGUCUCCUGGCCUCUCCAGUGGCACCGAGACCCCUCCCCCCGCCCGUCCCCUCUCCAAGAUCCGAACCAGCUUCGUUGCCAUCGAGAAGGACGGAAGAAUGGGUCUUCGCCGAGACCCCAGCAACGAUUCGAACGGUAGCUUGUCCCAGCGGCGGCUAAGCGGUCACACCGAGGGCGAGGCGUCAGUGUCGGGCUUGUCGGAUAAGACCAUAGCCACCGAGGACACCUCUGUCGGCUACAAGACCAACAUUGUUGGCAGCCCCAUUCCCGAAUCCCCUCGCCGUCCCGACACAGACAAACCCACAAACGGGGCUUCACCUCAAAACUUCGGGGCCCUGACUGAUCACCCGAGCCACAACCCCGACAAGCACGUCGAUAUGGAGACCCCUACGCCAGAGCUUCUGCCUGGCGACCCGACACAAAUCCCUCCCCAAACCACCGCCGCCAAUGGCGCGGCCCCGGCAAAGGCCCCCAAGACUGGAACCCCCAAGACUGAACCCCCCAAGGGCUCUACAAAGCCUCCCAAGAAGAUCCCUGCCCAAUUGGCACCCCCCGCUACUAUCACGAGAGCAAAGACACCUACAAGGUCUCCGAUCACUGCAAAGACGCCCACCACAGGUGCUGCAGCCUCCAAGCUGAGUGCUCCUAAGCCUCAGCACGAAAGCUCCAAGAAGACAUCUGAAAAGACGGCCACUAGCACGGCAACGGCCGCAGCCACAGUUACACCAAAGUCUGGUGCAAAGCCCGCUGGAUCCAACAAGAAACCUACCCCUAUUCACGUUUCUCCCGGCAGCGGCACAGGCUUUGUCAAACCCAAGGUCAAGUCACCCACAAAGCCCGUUAAGCUGCCUGCUUCCCUGAUGGCCCCAACGGCUGCGUCUGUCUCCAAGGUCAGGGAGACUCCCCGUGAGACCCUUUCACGCGCUUCUGGCAACCAGGGCCGCCCCGCUAGCAGAACCAGCACGGCUGGUGCUGGGGCCCCGCCCAAGACCUUGAGGCGCCAGAACUCGGUCAUCAACCGCCCCAGACCCAGCAUUGGCCCGCCCCCGAAGAAGCCCCUUCAGGACCACCCCAUCACCAAGAAGGAAAAGGAGAUCGAUGAGAGCUUCUUGGCACGCAUGAUGCGCCCCACAGCAAGCUCCAGCUCCAAGCUGACGGAGAAGGCCCCCGUCACUCCUCCCAGGAGCCGGAGCGCAAGACCCAGCAGUAGCAAGAAGUCCUCAACUUCAAGGAGCCCCAAGAGAGCCCUUUCCAGACCCUCGGCAUCUCGUGCGGGAAGCCCCUUCACGAAGAGGGAGGCUCCGAUCAAGCAAGUUGCGCCCGAAACCGCCAAGGUUGAGACGGCGGAGGCGGCUGCUAACCUCGCCGAGCAAGCCGAGGCCCCUAGAACCCCCGAGGCUAAGGCUCCCGCCACGCCGGAACCCAUCGUCGAAGAAGAGGAGGCUGAGGCCGCAGCACCCGAGGCUGAGGCUAUCGUCGAACACCACGUCGAGGAGCUGGAUUCUGACGCCCUCGCCCAGCAGACUGCCGAGCUCUCGCUCCAAGAAGGCGAAGCCGAGGAACACAAUCUAAAGACACCUGACGAGUUCGAAGAGCUGCUGGCGGACGAAAAGGAGGACAAGGAGGAGGCGGUUCCCUCCCCCGGUGACACGACCACUGAGGUCAAGACCGAGACCGCAUGA